AUGUCCUCGGCCGGCACAAAGAGACUUUUGCCCGCUCGAGCUACCAUCAUAAUUUGGCCGGCAUUAACGGAAUUAGAUGGUAGCACCCCACCCCGAGAGUUUCUAUUAAUAGAAAGUACCAAGGUUAAAGUCAAUGCGCUAUUUGUUCAUCUCACUGAAGUAACCCCAAAACAGCACAGUGCAAAAGAUCUAAGGUUAAAGUCCGCUUUGUUUUUUGUCGGUGCUAAUGUCAUCUUGAUUAAUCUCGAGACAAUGGAACGCUAG